UGGUCCACAACAGCCUGGACACCACCAAGAAUAUAGGGACCCACAAACAGGGUAUGUAAGUGCGUUUUCAUUGGGUACCAAAUUCAGGCGACCCGAGAAGCAUUUAGGAAGAAGAGAUGAGCUACCACCAAGCACCUCCUCCGCCGCCACCAGGCUACCCGUAUCCCCCACCGGGUUACCCAUCAGCGCCGCCGUACGAAGGCUACCCGCCGCCACCUCCUCCGGGGUAUUCUCCUCACGGAUACGGCCCUCCACCGCCGCCGCCGCCGCCGUACGAGGGGUACCAAGGGUAUUUCAACGGGGGCUACCCUCCUCCGCCUCCGCCGCAAUACCAGCAGCACUGCCACCACGAUCAUCACCAUUACCAGGGUCAGGAUGAUGGCUGCAUCUCUUUCUUCAGAGGCUGCUUUGGUGCGCUAUUCUGCUGUUGUUUGCUGGAGCAGUGCUGCUUCUUUUGAUCAUGAAGUGAUGGAAGGCCGAAGACAUGAUUUAUUUCUCAAGUUUGUCUAUGUUUGAUGUUAUAUCCUGGACGAACCGAUGAACAAUCUGCUGCAUCUUUACAUUCAUAGAAUUUGCAUCAGAGUAUAUGGCUCUGGUAAUGAUUGUUUUGCCUCCUAUGUGAUUAUUAAGUGAAACGUUUAUGGCACAUUGUUGAUGUGUAUAAUGUUAUAAGAUCAAGAAGAACAAGUGGUU